AUGGGGUAUGCCAUACCCUUUAUUACAUUUCCUCAGAAUGCGUUUUUCGACAAUAACCAUUCAGCACUUACGCACGCUGAUUUUGUUUUGAAGGCUAUUCAAGAGCUCAUUUUGUCAGGUUCAGUUGUUCAAGUUUCUAGUCCUCCUCAUGUUGUCAAUCCCUUGUCUGUUUCCAUACAGAGUUACGGCAAGAAGAGGUUGAUUUUAGACCUCAGGCAUGUCAAUAAACAUAUCUGGAAAGAAAAGUUUAAGUUUGAGGAUAUUAGAAACGCUUGUGUUUAUCUUCCUUCCGAUCAUCUCAUGUUUAAAUUUGAUCUCAAAUCUGGCUACCACUAUAUUGAUAUUUUGCAGGAUCAUCAAACUUUUUUAGGGUUUUCUUGGGUUGUUAAUGGCGUAAGGAAAUAUUUUGCGUUUACAGUACUCCCUUUUGGGCUCUCCUCAGCUCCUUAUAUUUUCACUAAGGUUGUUCGUGUUCUCGUCCGAUAUUGGAGAAGUCAUGCUGUGAGAAUAACAGUUUACCUUGAUGACGGGCUUGGUUCCGCCCGUGAUUUCGCUCGCUGCGAAGCUGCUUCAUUAUUUGUUAAGACUUCGCUUCAGCUUUCUGGUUUCCUGCCUAAUGACAGUAAAUCGAUUUGGCAACCAACUUCUUGUUUAGUCUGGUUGGGUUAUUGUAUUGAUUUAGCCGUUCAUACUAUUUUCAUUCCUUCGGUUAGGAUUCUCAGUGUCGUACAGGUUAUUGAUUCAAUUCGUUCUCAGUAUCCUUCUAGUACUGCUAGAAAAUUGGCUCAGUUUGUUGGUAAGGUUAUCUCUAUGGGUUUCGUCUUUGGUAACAUUACUCGUAUUAUGACAAGGUAUUCUCAUUUGGAUAUUUUAAGAAGCCCUACAUGGGAUGAAAAAAUUUCCCUGUCGGGUUCAACUCUGAAGGAAUUAUGUUUUUGGAAAGAGAACAUUCCUUCCCUAAAUAGUAGGCGCCUCUUGUCUACACACAGUUCCAUUAUUCCCGUGUGUGUUAUUCCGAUGCGAGUUCUACAGGCUGCGCCAGUUAUAUGUUAG